AUGCCGACACACUGCGAGGACGGCGAGAGGCUGCACCGAUACCCCAGCUAUAAUAUGAAAAGGCACCGUGCUCCGAUCCUCGAGCGACGCUGCGGCAUCUCCCUCGAGGGCACAAUAUCGCAGAGACAGCACUAUGCUCUGAGUUUUUGUGAAGAAUCUGAAAUUGCAUACGUCAACGCACUCAAUGGGCCGUUUAAAAGCUUUCCGCUCCCCCCGCUCCCCCACACCGCGUCCCCCCCCCACCCCUCCAGCUACGCAUCGGGGGCCACGUGGCACGCGUCUAUUUCCGAUGCCACCUUGACAGAUGUACCCGUGAGCCUGUCGAUGCGCCACAAAGAAGUGACAAAUGUAAGAGAU